AUGGCAGCCGUUCCUGCGCCUCUUCUUGCCUCCUCGCUCACUGUACUGGCGCAAGUCUUCCAACGACCUCUAACGCAAAUCACUCAACUAUCGGGAUAUCAGGUUCUGAUUACGGCUGUCUUGGGACCAGUAGUUUCCGCACUUGCCCACAAGUUUGGCAAGCGCCCGCAGUUUCUUUUCGCGUCUACGAUGGGGAUUAUCGGUGCCAUUGUCUGCAUUGUGUGUGGUGACAGCUAUAAUGGCUUACUUGCCGGACGUUUGAUUCAAGGUCUUGGGACCACAGCAUAUGAAAGCCUUUCAUUGUCUGUCCUGGGUGACAUAUAUUUCGUCCAUGAGCGUGCCACUCGGGCUGGUCUAGUCGUCCUGACACUGACAUGCAUGUCUGCUUUCGUGUCUAUUGUUAGUGGGCCCAUCACGAACAAUCUGGGAUGGAAGUACAUGUUUAUCAUCAACCUCCCCUUCGUUCUUGUCGGUGCCAUCGGAGUAUUUUUCUGGCUCCCAGAAACACAGUUCAAAUCCGCGAUUCCGGAACAACCGACAGUCCAAGAGUUUUCAGAGGCCCACAUAAAGGAAAUAUCAUUAGAGCACGUUGAGGCAUCAGAGACGACAGAAAGGCAACCUGCAUACGUGAUGAGACCGUACGUACAAAGCUUGGCAUUAACAAGUGGUGUAUACCCAGGCUCCUUUUUCAAGUCUCUGGUUGCCCCUUUUGUGACAGCAGUAAACCCGGCGGUUAUCUGGGCAAUUCUCGUUGGCGGCAUCCCGGUGGGAUUCUUCGGGAGUCUAGCGUACAUUCUGGCUCAGAUCUGGGGGGCACCUCCUUACAAUUAUAACGCAUCACAAAUCGGGUACUUCUAUGUCGGAGCACUCCUCGGCGGUCUUUUUGGAGGGGUCGCUGGCGCCAAGCUUUGCGAUGCAUCUUCGCAUGCCAUGGUAAAACGCAAUAAUGGAGUUUUUGAGGCUGAAUUUCGUAUCAUCAUCCAAGCCAUGGGUGCAGUACUCGUGGCGAUUGGAUAUUUCGUCUUCAUGUGGGCCUUGAGCACUGAUCAGGCGGAAGCGUACUACAUUGGAUCGGCUUGUCAUGGCCUCAUUUGUGCCGGCGUGACGAUUACUUCGACAUCUUCAUCCCUAUACAUCAUUGACGCGCAUCACGGACAUGAGACUGAAAUUUUCAUCCUUCUGAUGUGCAUUAAGAAUUUCAUGUUCUACUCGUUCUCGUACUUCAUGAACGAUUGGGCAACCAAGUCCGGCCCAGCAACAAUCUUCGAAGUCUGGGGGAUCGCCACCCUGAGCCUCCUAUUUACAAAUUUCCCAAUGUAUAUAUUUGGUAAAGUGAACCGCCAGUUCGUAUCGAAGGUACAGCUCUUGCAGAAUUUUGCAGGAGUCUUUUCCUAA